AAACCAAGAACUUUGCACAUUUCUUCAUUUCUUCUUUGCAACAACAAAAAAUAAAAACUUUAAACAAAGAAGAAAUCAUAUUUUAUUUGGAGAAGAAAAAAAGGAAAGCUCAAAUGGCUUAUUUGUGUUCAGAAAAUUUUAUUCUUUUUAUCAUUGCAAUCUUUUGUUCCAUUUGUUUUUCUUCUUCCACUCCUUUCAUAGUAUUGCAUGGGAUUACCAUGUCUUGUAAUGAUGCAGGAAGUACAUUUUACACGUCACAAUUGAGUCUCUUAUCAAAAUCUAAGGGUUAUUGCAUAGAAAUUGGAAAUGGAGCACAUGAUUCCGUUUAUAUGCCUCUAGAAACACAGGUUCAAAUUGCUUGUGAAAAGGUGAAGGGAAUGAAGGAACUUCAACAAGGUUACAAUUUAGUUGGUCUUUCACAGGGAAAUAUGGUAGGCAGAGGGCUUAUAGAGUUUUGUGAUGGAGCACCUCCGGUCAAGAAUUUUAUCUCAAUUGGUGGUCCGAAUGCUGGUGUUGCUCCUGCAGCAUCUUCCUGCCCUUAUGGCAAGUGUUCUGGAGCUGGAAUAUACACGGACUACUACCAAGCUCGUUCUGCUCCUAGUGGUUAUACCAGGAUUCCAACUGAUAUUGCUGGAUUCUUGAACGGUUGUAAAUUUUUGCCAAAGCUUAAUAAUGAAAUUCCUAACGCAUUUAAUCCAAUUUAUAAGCAGCGUUUUAGUAGCUUGCAGAACCUUGUCCUUGUCAUGUUUGAAAAAGAAAGUGUGGUAACUCCAAAAGAAAGUUGUUGGUUUGGCUUUUACCAAGAUGGAACCUACUCUCAAAUUUUGCCAGCACAACAAACUAAUGUUUAUAAAGAGGAUUUGUUUGGAUUACAAACAUUGGAUAAAGCUGGAAAAGUGAAGUUCAUAAAGGCGCAAGGACGUCACCUAGAAAUUACUAUUCCAGAGAUGCAACAAUUUGUUGUCCCAUAUUUGAUUGAUGGAGCUGCAACAACAUCAGCACCAAAUGCUACUUCUCUUCUUUUGCAAAAAAAAAAAAAAAAAAACUGCAAACGAAAAAAAGAAGAAAUCAAUUUUACUUUUAGAAGGAAAAAAGAAACUCAAAUGGCUUAUUUAUGUUCAAAAAAUUUCACUCUUUUUAUCAUUUCAAUCUUUUGUUCCAUUUAUCCAUCUUCUUCAUCUCCUUUCAUAGUAUUGCAUGGGAUUGGAAUGUCUUGCAAUGAUGCAGGAAGUACAUUUUAUACGUCACAAUUAAGCAUUUUGUCGAAAUCUAAGGGUCAAUGCUUAGAAAUUGGAAAUGGACUUUCUGAUUCUUACAACAUGCCUCUAGAAAAUCAGGUUCAAACUGCUUGUGAAAAGGUGAAGGGAAUGAAUGAAUUAAAACAAGGUUACAAUUUAGUUGGUCUUUCACAGGGAAAUGUGGUAGCUAGAGGUCUUAUAGAGUUAUGUGAUGGAGCACCUCCAGUAAAGAAUUUUAUCUCAAUUGGUGGACCUAAUGCUGGCGUUGCUUUUGCUCCUGCCUGCACUGGUCACCCUUGGUGUGGUCAAGCUGGUGCUGUCUCUGGAGUUGGAAUAUACUCAGACUAUGUCCAAGGUCAUUAUGCUCCUAGUGGCUAUACGAAACUUCCAAAUAAUAUUGCUGGAUAUUUGAAAGGAUGUAGAGUUUUACCAAAGAUUAAUAAUGAAAUUCCUAAUGCAACUAAUCCAAUUUAUAAACAACGAUUUGCUAGCUUGCAGAAUCUCGUCCUUAUCAUGUUUGAAGAUGAACAAAUAGUAACUCCAAAAGAAAGUUCUUGGUUUGGUUUUUAUCAAGAUGGAAGUUACUCUAAAAUUUUGCCACCACAACAAACUAAUCUUUAUCUGAAAGAUUUAUUUGGAUUACAAACGUUGGAUAAAGCUGGAAAAAUAAAGUUCAUAAAGGUCCCAGGACUUCACCUAGCAAUGGAUAUUAUAGGACUGCAACAACAUGUUGUUCCAUAUUUGAUUGAUGAAGGAGCACCAAAGAAUAAAACUGCUUAAUUCUCAAGUGGUCCAUUGAUUAAAAAUGGUUCCUGUUGAGGACAAUAAAGAAAAAAAGAACUACUACUACUUAAGUGAUCAAAUUUGUUAGUAAUGUAGAUUAGGAGAGUGAUUAUUAGGUGUAACUGCAAUUUGCAAGUCAAGGACUAGUUAGUAAUAACAAGUUGAUUGUUUCCUUUUGGUGUUGAAAUGUCAUGGUGAGAAUUACAUUUUCAAUUUCACAAAGGUGAAACUAAGUCUAAAUGCUGUGUAUUGGCAUUGUAUACAACUUUGUAAGGUACUUCGAUAGUUGAUAGAGAGCAAUAUGAUCAAUGAAAAUUCAUAAAAAAAAAAGUUUGAAGGGA